AUGAUUUAACGCUGUGGCUAGAGACCCGGACACCGGGGAUAUAAUGCGUAAAUAUUAUAUACCCGGACAUUGUAUGCGCAUGCGCGGGGACUUAACAAUUUCUGCUUUCUGCGCGACGUAAUCACUGUUAUCAGUUAUCAAAUACCGCGUAAAUUUAAAUUAUUUAAAUUUUGAUAUAAUUUGAUAUAUUUUAAUAUUAAUAAUUUGAAUAGGUAUUUAAAAUAUUAUCAAAAUACAAUUUUUAAGUAUUUUUAUAAAUUGUUUAAUAACACAGGUCUACAAAAAAAAUAUUUUCAAAAACUGUCCUGUUUCUAAUCACUGGUUUUAUUUAAAAUAUGUACACCAAAUUCAAAUAUAUUAACUAUUUGGUCAUAUCACGUCAGUUUUUUACAAUUUAUGAAUGAAAUAUAGCAUAUUAACAAAAAAAAUUUAAAUUAAAAUAAUAAAGAUUACCUAUUUACAUAACUAUUUUAAACAACAAAUACAAUUUUUAAAUUAAUAUUACUUCGUAUUUGAAGAAUAUCUUUGCCUUUUUGAAAAAAAACUUUGUUUAGUCGAUUUUCGAAAUGCAUUUUGAUACUCAUGUUACAGCCCAAGAUACGAUAGUUUUCUAACAUAGAAUUUACUAUGGUUUCGUGAUUUUCACUUUUAAUAUUUCCAAAAAAAUUAAUAAUUACUUCUUUAAAUGAACUCCAAUCAUUAUUUUUCAAUAGUUGUCAUCAAAUUUAAAAAUGCAUUGUCUUUGCAUAAUGUUCUUGUUUGUGGGCCUACAAAAAUACCUUAUUUGAGCUCAGCUUCGGAAAGUUGUGGAAAUUUGUUGCAUAAAUUUGAAAACAAUUUUUAUUUUUAUCUAAUGCUUUUACAAAUUGUUUCAUUAGACCCAGUUUUAUGUGUAACGGUGGUAAUAAAAUACGUGAUAGACAAAAAAUUGUAAUAUUUUUGAAAUCAGUGUCAAAAAAUACAUUUAAAUCAGUUAUUAAAUUUUAAACAGUAAAAUCUUUGUAGACCUAUGUAAUUAUUACAAACUAGUACAAAUUUAACUAAGAGGCUAGAGACCAUGACCAAUUUGAACUGGUCAAAAGUAAACAAUUGCAUUGUAUUUAUUACAUACCUUUAGAUAAAAAUUGACAUUUUUAUUGUUAUAUUUGUUGAUAUCACAUUUCCUAAUUUUAAUAGCUGGUUUUUUUGUUGGUAUUUUUGAAUUUAACUGGUGAACUGGUGAACAACUGUUAUUAUACACUACAUUAAAAGUGGUUUUUUUUCUUAAAAUAUUGAAUUCAACAGUGUAAAAGGUGAACAAUUGUAAUAAUUAGUUUAUCAUUAAGAUGCAAAUAGGCGAUACAUUCAAUAGCUAUGCUGAGUUUGAAAUAGCUUUAAAUGAUUUUAAAAAUUCAAACUUUGUUGACUUUUGCAUUAAAGACUGCAAGACUAUAUCGUCACAAAAAAAUAGGUAUCCUAGAUUGGCAAAUACAUCUGAAGAUUUAAAAUAUUACUAUAUUAAACUGAUGUGCAUUCAUGGAGGGGUCCAUAAAAAAAAAAAGAUUUGCCAAGACCAACGAAAGACCUCAACUAUGCGCCAAGGUUGUGAAGCCUUUAUUUAUCUUAUUAUUAACGGUGAAGGAAAUGCGUUAGAAAUUAGUCGAAUGAACAACAUCCAUAACCACGCAUUAUCUGAAGUGUUAUUUAAUCAUUUACCUAACCAACGAAAAAUGAAUACACAAAGUAAGUCAGAAGUACUUGAAUUGAUGCAAUUAAGAGCAAAUAAAAAAUUAAUUCAACAUACCAUGCAAAUAAAAACUGGUAAAAUUAUAACCCUCAAGGAUCUUUCAAACAUAUAUAGUACAGGAAAAAUAAGUGACAGCAGUCUAUACAAAAUUGUUCAAAAACUAAGACAUAAGCAUAACUGUACUGUUGAAAUUUCAGUUGAUAGUGAAGAAAAUUUAGUUGGCUUGUUUAUUCAGGAUUCAAUGAUGCAAAACAUAUUUGAAGCUUUUCCAGAGGUUGUAUUUGCUGAUGCAACAUACAAAUUGAAUAAUUUGAGAAUACCAUUGUAUGUCUUAAUGGUUGAAGAUGGAAAUGGGGAAAGUGAAGUAGCGGCUUUAGGUUUAAUGACAAAUGAAGAGAAAGACACAUUACGUUGGUUUUUCGAGACAUUUAAAAAAUUUAAUAGUAGCAGUGAAAAUAUAAAAAUGUUUAUGACCGAUAAAGAUAUGACCGAAAGACAAGUAAUCAAAGAAAUCUUUCCUAAUGUUAGUUUAGCUAUAUGUCUUUUUCAUGUGUUAAGGACAUUUAAUCGUGAAAUUACUUGUGAAAAACAAAACAUAUCGCCUGAAUUAAGAGACCAAUUGAAACAAAUUUUUGAAAAAAUGUGUUAUGCUCAAUCUGAGGAUGACUAUAACUCAUUAUGUCAACAUUUGGAAUCUAAAGCGCCCAAAUCUGUGUUUGAAUACUUUUUAAAGAAUUGGCACCAAAUUAGACAUGAAUGGGUUACUGGACUAACAUUUCACAAUGGAAAUAUGCUAAACAAUACUAACAACCGAUUAGAGUCCUUUAAUGGAAAAUUAAAGAGCGUGAUACCUGUUUUUACAAAUAUUGAUGACUUCGUGGAUAAAUUGUUUAUUUUACUGAAGUGCUUGAGGUUAGAACGUGAUAGAAAUGCUGUAAACAUGGUGCAAAAAUUACCAUUGGUAAAAACUCGACAUCCAGAUCUAAGUAAAUAUUUUUCGCUACUUACACCUUACUCUUUUAUGCUUGUCGAAAAGCAAUUUGAAGCCAAGUCAAAAACGCUAUCUUUCACAACUAUUAAUGGGUGUCAGUGUAAAUUCUAUGUAGCCAUGACAUUACCUUGUUGUCACAUUUUCGAUGCUAGACAAAAAACAAAUACAUCAUUAUACGAUGAAAAUUUAUGCGCAACUCGUUGGACUAGAAAAUAUUAUUAUGAGAAACAACGAGCAUUUCAAAUUCCUACAACAAUGCAUGUUCAAAAUCAUUCUACGUGUAAUACUUCUGAAUAUGAUGAUAAUAAUAGUUUGACAGUCAUAACUAAAAAAAAUAAGAAGUUAUCAUCACAUCAAAAAUUCCGAGAAACUUCUAAAAUAGGAAGCAAAAUAGCAGAUCUUUUAUCAACUUUAUCUAAUGAAAACUUUGAAAAAAAAAUUGGUCAACUUAAAUAUAUUUAUAAUGCUUGGAACGAAGGAAAAAAUUUAUCGAUUAACGUUGAUGAUACAUGCAGUGUCCGAGUUGAAAAUCAUUCCGAUACUGAAGGUAAGUUAAUAGUCAAUAGUGUAUUUAUAUAUUACAUAUUGUAUGUAUUUGGAUUAGAUUUUAUUGAAGAGAUAGAAGUUGAUGAUACAUGCAGCGUUCAAGUUGAAAAUCAUUCCGAUACUGAAGGUAAGUUAAUAGUCAAUAGUGUAUUUAUAUAUUACAUAUUGUAUGUAUUUGGAUUAGAUUUUAUUGAAGAGAUAGAAGUUGAUGAUACAUGCAGCGUUCAAGUUGAAAAUCAUUCCGAUACUGAAGGUAAGUUAAUAGUCAAUAGUGUAUUUAUAUAUUACAUAUUGUAUGUAUUUGGAUUAGAUUUUAUUGAAGAGAUAGAAGUUGAUGAUACAUGCAGUGUUCAAGUUGAAAAUCAUUCAUAUAAGCAAACAUGCUCAGACACUAUAGCGACAGUUGUUGGUACUGAAGCACGGUUGAAGUCCAUUAAACUGCCUUCAAAAAUUAAAAUAUCUGGACGCCCCAAGGGAAUUAAAAAAACAACAAUUGGACUUCUGAAAAAAAAGAAAGGAUUGCCUAUACCUUUUAGAACGCAAAGUGCUGAAAAAAAACAAGAAAUAUUAUUAAAAUGGAUAGUUACUGAUGAAAAUAUUGUUACCAAAGCACUCUAUAAUAACUAUAUCAUUGAUGACGUAAGCAUAUUGACUCAGCAAGAUGAAAUACACAAUGGAAUUUUAGAGGAAGAUGUUGAUAUAAAUAUGGUGAAACAUUUUUUCACAAAUGGCAUCUGGAAAUCAUUAAUAAAAAUCAUUGAUAUUAAGCGGAAGAAAGUCGUAUGGUUAUGUCCAACGUGCCAAAAAGAUAUUAGUUUGAAAAAAUCUAUUUUAUGUGAUAGCUGUUUAACAUGGUUCCAUGUUAAGUGUGAUAUAUGUAUUAAACCUAAACCUAAAAAGGCCAAUUGGUUUUGUUCUCAAUGUUGUGAUAAAUGUGUAUAAAUGUGUAAACUGUAAUGCAAUGAGAUUAUGUACAUAAAAUUGAAUUAUUAUACUUUGACGAACAUGACAUGUAAUUACUACUGACGAACAUUAUAACAAAAUGUACAUAAAAUUGAAUUAUUAUACUUUGACGAACAUGACAGGUAAUUACUACUGACGAACAUUAUAACAAAAUAGAAUAAUAUACCAUACCUACA